AUGCCCGGUACUGUCAGAGAAAAUCUAAUCUCUGUACUAGAUGUUGAGACUUUAAUCCCAAAUCCAGCAAGAAUAGCUGGAGGUACUGUUGCUCAAAUAUCAGACUACCCGUUUGCAACUGCCCUUCUUAGCAAUCAGGGACAAGGGACCUAUCUUCAAGCUUGUGGUGGAACAAUUAUUUCACCAACUGCAAUAUUGUCGGCAGCUUCUUGCUUUGUUACUAACAAUGCUGUACACUCAGUUGUUUGGUGGCGAGCUAGAGUCGGGACCGCAAACUCAAACACACAAGGUCUUAUCUACCUCAUCCGCCAAAUAACUACCCAUUCGAACUUCCAGUCGACUACCCGGGUGAACGAUAUCGCAGUUUUAAGAACUUCCUUAAACAUUGUGUUUGGGCAAAAUGUUCAAUCAGCGUACAUCGCAGGCGGCGCUUAUUCUUUGGCUACAAAUGUACCUGUUUGGGCCAUUGGUUGGGGCGCAACGUCGAAUACAGUACCAUCGUCCACAGUACUGCGCCACGUCCAAAUCUGGGUAAAUGACCAACAGGUCUGCGCCACUCGCUACAAUGAAGUCAACUUUGUCGUCAACAACAAUAUGCUUUGCGCUGGUUGGCUAGAUAUUGGAGUCAGGGGACAAUGUCUGGGCGAUACGGGUAGCCCUCUUCUUCAUAAUGGUGUGGUGGUCGGAGUGUACUCCUGGACUCAAGGCUGUGGGGGAGGUCGCUAUCCUAAUAUCAAUACAAGAGUAUCUUCUUACUCUCGAUGGAUUGAAGCAACAGCGAAUGCGUAAUAUAUUAAAUUAAAGAAAAUAUUGGACAUAAA